GUUGGUUCAAAGAUGGCGGAUUUCCUGCCGUCCCGGUCCGUUCUAACUGUGUGUUUCCCUAACUGCCUGCUUACUAGCAAUGAGGCUGAACAACUGAGGAUAUCUAAGGAGAUCGAUAGGGUUAUUUCCCGGGAUAAAACAUACGUGAAACGGCUGGUGAAGAUAUUACUGCUUGGUGCUGGUGAGAGCGGCAAGUCAACUUUCCUCAAGCAAAUGCGUAUCAUACAUGGACAGGACUUCGAUCAGCGGGCCAAAGAAGAGUUCCGGGCUACGAUCUACAGCAAUGUAAUAAAAGGUGUUCGAGUGUUGGUAGAUGCCAGAGAGAAGCUGCACAUCCCCUGGGGAGACCCUUCCAACCAGGCGCACGGGGAGACAAUGAUGGGCUUCGACACGCGGUCGGCCAUGAUGGCACAGGGCAUGGUGGAGACCAAGAUCUUCCUGCAGUUCCUGCCCUCCAUCCGCGCACUGUGGCAUGACAGCGGCAUCCAGAAUGCAUACGACAGGCGGAGAGAAUUCCAGCUGGGGGAAUCGGUGAAAUAUUUCUUGGACAAUGUGGAUAAACUCGGGGAACCGGACUAUUUGCCCACACAGCAGGACAUCCUGCUGGCCCGCAAGCCCACCAAGGGCAUCCAUGAAUAUGACUUCGAGAUCAAGAACGUGCCCUUCAAGAUGGUAGACGUGGGCGGGCAGAGGUCAGAGCGUCGGAGGUGGUUUGAGUGCUUUGACAGCGUCACCUCCAUCCUCUUCCUGGUCUCGUCUAGUGAGUUUGACCAAGUGCUGAUGGAGGACCGGCAGACCAACCGGCUCAUGGAGUCGCUCAACAUCUUCGAGACGAUAGUCAACAACCGCGUCUUCAGCAAUGUCUCCAUCAUUCUCUUCCUCAACAAGACGGACUUGUUGGAGGAGAAGGUCAAAACUGUAGCCAUCAAGGACUACUUCCCUGAGUAUGAAGGCGAGCCCCACAGCCUGGCCGACGUGCAGAAGUUCCUGGUGGAGUGCUUCCGCAACAAGCGGCGGGAUCAGCAGCAGAAGCCGCUCUACCACCACUUCACCACAGCCAUUAACACAGAGAACAUUCGACUGGUUUUCCGUGAUGUCAAGGACACCAUCUUGCAUGACAACCUCAAGCAGCUCAUGUUACAGUGAUACUUAUCCCUGUGGACAUUUUCGUUUCUUAACCCCAUUUAAUCAGUAACCAUUUAAAGUUUUGAUGUGGGAGGGAAUUUUCCAGGUGAGCUGGGAGGAAGAUGUGGAUGGUUCUCAUCAGCAGUUAUUUUAAGUGGUCAAUUAGAUGAACAGGGUUGUGCACCUGUAAUGUCCAGUGCUGUAUACAAACAUACUGAAAAAUGCUAUGUCCUUCUUUCAAUUGUAAUGCUUCCCUCCUACAUUGAAAUACACUGCUGACCUUAUACGCAAGUCAUGUUCUAAAUAACUAACUGAUGAGUGGAACUUUCAAAACGGAACGGUUUAGGAUGGGAGAAGACGGUUGAUAACAUUACAGCAGUCCUUCAUUGUGUCUUACUGAGCCUUACAUUACUGUCGAAUAGCAAGGGCUAAAACAAUGCAAGCCUUCUUAUGUUUUAUUUUUAAUAGGAACCAUUUUCUGAGCCACUCAGAAUACCUUCCUGGCCUUAAUUUUUAUCUUUAGUUUUCUAAUCAGUUGUCCUUGAAUUUUUAAAUUUGAUUUCUUUAUAUAUCUAUAUAUAAUCUAUAUAUAUAUAAGUUCUUAAAUUAUACUUCAAAAGUUUACACUUUACUGCCUUUUGAUUUACUACUGCUGAUGGAUAUGUUAUCAUGCUGAAUGGGAGUGUAAUGUCACCCAACAUACACGUAGACACCACUUGACUCAUACUGUAGAUAACUAUGCAGUGGAGCUUGAUGAGCUACAGUAUAUGGCUUUAUCUCAGGGCUUAAUGUAGACCACUUUAUAGUGUAAACUUUUUAAUUUGUGUGCUUCAAAAAAUUAAAUCCCCAAAGUGCCAUAGCAUCCAUUAACUGUAUCUAUCCAUCAGUGGUAUUAAAUCUACACUGCUGGCUAGCUUACUAGUUUCUUCCAGUCUUCCGUUUUUUUCUGAUGCUCCCACUGAUAUUUGGCCAUGUUAUGCCUCGCAAAUUUCUGCAUUGUGUAUCUGUCAAGGAAGGGGAAAGGUGUCAGUUAUUUAUUUUUCCUUCCCUGAAGUGUUCAACUGGCUGACUAACAUUUCAGUGCUUUCAGCUAGUGAUUAAUGCAUUCUUGUCCAAAGUGCCACAUUUUAAUGGUACCAUUAGCAAAUCAGUUAUGCUUCUUGACCUGUGUUAAUUUCAUACAAAAGGGAUAGAAAUCGCUUUGUGAACCCUGUAAAAAGAAUGUUAUUUGUUGUUUAUAGGUAGAUGUACAGAGAUACAUUUUGUCUAGAAUAGUUUUGUUUUAGACAUUCUUUAUGUUCAUGUCUAAUCAACUCACAGUCCUUUUUUUUCUUCUAAAACUUGCAUAACCCACAUUUAUGAUGUAACUUCUAUUUUUCCAAAUGUAUAUUUUCAAAUGGUUACAAAUACCUUGCUCCUGGAUUUGCCUUCUGAACUGCUGUUUCUUGUGCUGUUCUUUGUUUUAUUUUCAUCUUGGUCUUUCAGCACCUUACCCCAGAAGCUGAGGUGACACUGUCUAUGUUGCUUACAGACCUUUCUUCAGUGAUUUACAUUAAGUUGUGAGGAUGCAUCUCACGAUACAUUUCUCUGUUCUGAUGUGGUCAGGAGUUGAUGUUGAAUUCCAUUAGCUGCGGAAUCUUUACUUAAACUUCCUUGUUUAAUGUGCACUGCUGUGACAGACCCUUUGUGUCUGGUGUGAGGCUUUCUUACAUAUCUCAGAAAGGCUCGCCUCUGGGUUUUACAGCUGUUCUGAUUGGCUUCAGAAAGGAAUGAAUGGUUGCUACAGAUCAGGGAAGGAAGUAAACAGCAGUCAUGUUGAAAGAGCAGCGUAUACACUUCAGGCCUUCUUUGUAGCUGAGUAUCUAUGACAGAUGUUGGUCAGUGCCCCUUAGUAUUCGAAUAACUGUUUUAUGCACUUUGACAAUUUUCUGACAUUAAGACGCCUGGUAGAAUCUGUAAAAUAGAUCACGCCAAUAAGCUUGUCAAUAAAAUGAUGAUUAUUGCUCAGCAUUCCACUACAGGAAGUUAUAAGAUGCUGAGGUACUUCAUCAAUGCUUGACACUGGUCAUGUUAAUGGAGAAAUUUCAUCUUAAUACUGGCAAAUUGAACUCAAGCGGAGGCUUUCUAGAUUCGGAGGCAGCGAUUUGCACAGUUAUAAAAAUCUAGAAAAAACGGGCUUUGCAGUUGGCCUCGAGUGUGAUUCUGACAGUGCACCUUCCGUCUGUUUUUAGGUUGAAACGAUUGACUCAUUGUUCUCAUAUUUGUCAUAUGAAUCAGCGUUUUUCCUCUCUGUAGAUGUACUAAUGUACCGCAAGAGCAUAUUUCCCUUAUGCUGAUUCACUGGUAGAGCUUCACUCCACAAUCUCACUCUACAACGGUGGUCAGAUAUAGUAAGCGUGUUUACUUGUCCUGAAAAUGCAGAAGGCAGUUCAUUUGAAAACAAACUUAUUGAUUAUUGUUUCUCAUGCAGUGCACUGUGUUUUUUUUCCUGUGUGAGUAAAAAUCAAGAUACUUCACAAUAACUGUCUGGAUGGUUAUUUUGUGACCAUCCUAUGCUGUCAAAAAAAUCGUGUAGUUGCAUUUGUGCAAAGACUGUGAAUCAUGACCUUAUACUGGCUGGACAGAUGACUUUCCUUUAAAGCAGCUUUGUUGAUUCAAAUACAAGAGUUGUUGACGCAGCUGAUCCUGCAUCUCUUUCAGAUUGAGGAAAAAUUAAAGCCAAAAUCAGAACUGCUGCUGAUGGAGCAGCGCUUCUCCUGCCAAUGCACCUUGUGCCUCUUGAAUGCCUGUAUUGUAUUAUCUGAUCACUUGUUUUUUUUUUUUUUUCCUGCCUCAACUGUAUAACACUGUGUAACGAGCAAAGAAUAACCCAUUGUGGGGAUGAAACGCUUUAAUCACUAUUUGGGGAACUAUGGCUUCAUGUUAGCCUUACAGGGGUACUAUGAGACAGUGGUGUUAAGUUUUGGGGGGUUUUUUUGGGUUGUAUUACAGGGUGGUCACCUCAUUGAGUACUAGGGUAUUGGACUGAAUAUAUUUUGGAUUUCAUACUAAUUGAAUCCACUGUAAACAAUUUAAUGGGAUGGAUUCAGUGACUGUACCCUACAGUCAUAUAUUUUGGACUUUUCCAUUGACCUUUCUCUGCCUUGCUUGUAACCUGUUUCCAAAUUGGGAAAGAAAUUCUGUUCCCCAUCACUCUGUGCCUGCUAUGAAAUAGAAGUUGUUUUUUGAAAGGGUGAUUCCAUGUAGAGAUAAAAGUACAUGUAUUUUGACCCAAGAAAUCAAUUAGUUAUUUUUUCACAAAACAUGUUUGACACAACAUUGACAU